AUCGAAUUCAAAUCCACAAACCAAACUACCCUUAUUUUGUUCUCUCCUCCACUAAUGUUCACACAAAAAGACCAUGAAACCCCACAUUCCCAUCAAAACAAAACACAACCUCCUUUCUCUUUCUGGCUCUGUCCCUUCAUGCCCUCCCAUUUUGCAAGCUGUAAAAAAGAGGUAAUGCCUUAGUUAGCCUUUACCCCACCACACCUUAUUAUUCCUUCUCCCACAGACAAAUGGUUUCAGCUUAACUGCAAACAAAAGAAACUUCCUUCUUCCCCACCUUCACAAAGCUCCAUCCUCUCAACAUUGGCCUGGUAUUGAAGUCUUCCUCAAAAGCUCCAAACUUACAUCGAGCCCUUCUCAUAACAUGGUCCCCCUUCCAGAAUUUCUAGCAAUGUCACAGUUUGCUCUUCUGGGUUUUGUGUUUUGCAGGCAUGGCAGGAAGACUAUCAUAACCGCUGCUGCUAUGGAUUUUGGUGUUGAGACUUUGAGCUUGUGAAAAGGGGAAAAGGGAAGAACUUUGUUUUGUCUAAGGUUUUUAAUUACUAAUUAGAUAACAAUAAUAGUAAUAUAUUAGUACAAAGAAUGCCAGUUCCUCUUGCACCUUAUCCAACUCCACCAGUUGCUCCAUAUAAUCCUCCUCCUCCACCUCCUCCAGCUGCUGCUGCCAAUGGUGGACAAAGCCAGCUAGUGUGUUCUGGAUGUAGAAAUCUGUUGCUUUUCCCAGUUGGGGCAACCUCAGUUUGCUGUGCUGUCUGCAAUGCAGUCACUGGAGUUCCUCCUCCUGGCACAGAGAUGGCUCAGCUGGUAUGUGGAGGCUGCCACACUUUGCUCAUGUACAUUCGUGGCGCGACAAGUGUCCAAUGCUCAUGCUGCCACACUGUCAAUUUAGCCUUGGAAGCAAACCAAGUGGCACAUGUGAAUUGUGGGAACUGCAGGAUGCUGCUGAUGUACCAGUAUGGAGCUCGAUCUGUCAAAUGCGCAGUCUGCAAUUUCGUUACAUCAGUUGGGGCCUCUGCAAGCACUCCAGAGCAGAAAUUCAGCACUGCUUGAUCUUGUGGUUUCACUUGCGAUCUUUUACUAAGUACUCGUCGACAACAAUUGAAUCAAAACGCCAGUGGCGUGGAGCAAUGAAAACUUCAACUCCAAGUCACAAUGUAUAGAGUUGAUCUUCCUCCUUUUUAAUUUCCCUUUGAAUAAACCAGUUUUGGAGAAGUUUGUGGUUAUUUGAACUAUAUAACUACUAUCAAAAAGUUUAUAAUGUUGAGAUAAGGAGUAGAUUUCUGUUUUGGAAAUGGAAAGACUGGACAAUCUGAAUCUCAAUGGCUUGGAAGUCACAGAGACACAUAAUGGUGGUGGCCCAAAAGAGAUAUUUAGAAACAGAAAGACAAGGUUCUGGGAAAAAGGGUAUUUGUGGUUGAAAGCAAAAGAAGAGAGCUUUCAUGGUGAAAACCAUAGCCCAUAGGAAUUCCUUGGGGGCAGGAAGAUCACUUUCAAAAUCCAGAAAGAAUCUUAAUCCAUGUCAUUUUCACAGUUUUCCUCUUUCAAGUUUUGGGUUAAUGUGGUUUUAUAGUCUUGUAUGUCAAUUUAACAAGCAAGUCUCCAUAGUCCAUACUAUGAUUCUAAUUGUGGUUUAUUCAUCUUCGAACCCCUUGGUUUCUAAACGUUCACUGAAAUUGGUUAGUGAUUACCAAUAGAAUCAGCUCAUGUUUGAAAA